AUGUUGUUCAACCCCCCUAGAAAUUCACCUCGUCUUAUGUUUGCUGUUCUCCUUACUGUUUUAUCUUUAUGCUUUCUAUUCCAAUGGCAACAAGAUUCCGAAAAUUCUAAAUCAUGGAAACCUUUACCAAAUUUCAGUGAAGUCAAAGACCCAAAAGCGAGGUUCCUAUCUUUUCUCCCACGUCUACUAGAACACUCGCCGUCAAAUGAAAGUUUAGAACUACCAGAAGGAUAUUUAUUGAUUCGAAUCGAAGAGAUUAACGAAGAAUCCGAACGAAUCGACCAUCUGAAAUUGAGUGAUGAAGAUUUCAACAUGUCCUCCACCGCACAUUCCAAAGUCCUCGAGAUACUACCAGAAUACGAUGAUCUCAUCACAUACAAUGAGAACUCCCGAGGAAUCAUCACCGUAGGAGGAGGUCCAUACACCCCCGCUCUCCUAGUAUCGAUCCGCAUGCUCCGCCGCACCAACUGCACCCUCCCAAUCGAAGUAUUCAUCCCCACCCCCACCGACUACGACCCUUAUACCUGCAACACCAUACUACCCUCCCUCAACGCGCAAUGCAUCAUGCUCCCCACCUUCGAAAACACCACCAUCACCAUCGCACGCUACCAAUACAAAUCCGUAGCCCUCCUCUUCACCACCUUCGAACACACCCUCUUCCUCGACGCUGACAAUUUCCCCCUCGUAAACCCCACCCCCUGGUUUGAUUCCGCCCCCUACUCCCUCACCGGCAUGAUCACCUGGCCCGAUUUUUGGGCCAACACCGCUAGUCCCCUCUACUAUCUCCUCUCCAACCAAUCAAUCCCAGCUCUGCAAACACAACAUGCCUCCACAGAAGCAGGCGCAAUCCUCAUCUCGCGCAGCACGCAUCAUCGAACGCUGCUCUUAGCUUUCUACUAUAACCUCUUUGGACCAGGCUUCUACUACGAGUUACUGGCGCAAAAUGGCAUCGGAGGUGAAGGCGAUAAGGAAACGUGGGUAGCGGCUGCGCAGGCGCUAGGUGCGUCGUAUUAUCAGGUGAGGGAGAGGAAUCAUGCGUUGAUAAGUGGAGAGGCUGGAGAGGAGGACUUGGAUCGGGUGCUUAGUAUGGUGCAGUAUGAUUUUGUGGGGGAUUGGGAGGCGAAUUCUAUUGUUGCUGAUCUCACCCCCGAUUCCAAUCCUAAUCCUACUCCCAAUCCUGAUCCCCAAUCAAAUACAAACACCAAUACCGAACUCAAACAAAAAGAAACACAAAACGAACUAGAAAUACAAACCCCCAAACCCCCAACAUCCAGAAAUACCCCCGGAGCACAAAUCGUCUUCCUGCACUGCAACCGCGUGAAGAUGAAUCCGGCAGAGGUCCUGGAUAGACUGGACGAUUUCCAGGAGAGAGGGAGGAUGUGGGGGAGUAGGGAAAGUACGGUAAGGAGGUUUGGGAGGGAUGUGGAGAAGGAGGUUUGGGGGGAGGUGUUGGAGGUUGCUUGUGGGUAUGGGGAGGGGAGUGGGGAUGAAGGGGGUGAGGGGAAUGAGGGGUUGAGGGUGAGGGAUGAGGGUGGGGAUGAGAAUGAGAAUGGGGAAGGAGAGGGGAAUGGAAAUGAAAAUGAGAAUGAGAAUGAGGGUGAAGAUAGAGAUGAAAACGAAAACAAAAACAAAGAAAGCGAAAGGCAAGGAGGGGAUGAAAAUCAAAAUCAAAAUCCAGACAAAAACACAAACACAAAUAAAACAAAAAAAGAAAUAUGUACAGAACUGCGAAGAUUCUGGUGGGGCAUACUGAUGCAAGAGGAGCUAGAAGAUAGGAUUCGAAUUGCGGGGGAGAGGGAUGUGGAGAGGGAUGCAGAUAUGAAAAGGGUGAAAGAAAAGGAAAAGGAAAAGGGAAAGGGGGGAUGGAUAUCGAGGUUGGGGCAUGAGGAUGGGGUUAAGAGGUCGGGGUAG